UAGGCACAAACUGGAGUGUUUGGAUUGUGUGGGUGGUUGAAUGGGUGGUAAGAAGAAGAAAUCGACGCCGCCGGCGGUCCCUGCUACAGCGGGACCUGCGGCGGCAUCAGGCCGUGCUUGUGCUCCCUCAGUCGGCAACGGUGUGGCCGACGACCCGAAGAAGCAGCCGGCGAGCAGCAAACUGAGUAAAGCAGCUAAAGACAGCAAAUCUAAAGCUCCAAAGACCUACAGUCUGGCCAACACCACCCAGGUGGACACAGGCGGUGUGUCUGACAAAUCCAUCCUGAAAGUUUCCAUCCAAGCCGACCUGGAGAAGAAGAUCAUCAAGCUGAUCAAUGACUUCCGGCAGGAGAACGGCGACAAAGGGCCUGUGUCGGGAAGACUCACCAACAAGAAACUUUUGGAUCUGUACACGGCCCUGCAGAAGUUCAACUUCAAGCGGGAGCACAUCGAGGAGGCCAUGAAGAGCAGCGUGCUCUACGGCGGCGAUCUUCACUCUGCCCUCGACUGGCUGUGCCUGAACCUUCGCGAUGAGGAGCUGCCUGAAGGUUUCAGCCAGCAGAUGCAGGAGGAGAGCCAGAGGAGCAGGCCCAAGUUCCAGCCCCCUGUCCGGCCUCGAGCCUCGAGCCCCGAGCCUCCCAAAGCGCCCCCUUCCAAAGACACCAGCAAGGCUUCUGCAAAGGAUGAUGACGCACGCAUGAAGGACUGGAUCUUGAGAUACGCUGAGCAGAGCAGCGCUGAUGAGGACGAUGACGAGGACCAAGGGAAGAAACCGCCACAAUGCAACCCAGAAUUGGAAAAAAAGUUUGAUCCGAACGACAGAUAUUUGAUCCUGACGGCUCAACUUUACGACGCCAAAGAAAUGGCGACGGCGGCCAAAGCCAAAGGAGAUAAGACGGCUCAGCGGAUGGCGCAAGACAGAAUACGCGUCAUACAGCAAGAAAUGAAGCCUCUCGAGUCACACCCAGUCUUCAAUCCGGCCAUUAAAGUGGUGGAGGCACCCCAAAAGGAGAAGCCGCCAUCAGUCAGCGAGGGCAAAGAGGAAAUCGGCUUCAACUUGUUUGAAAGGGCGGCGAAAGAAGCUCCAAAGGAGAGAGUCACGCAGCAGCAGCAGCAGCAGAAGAAGAACGAGCCAAAGGACAUCCGAAACUUUGACUACACGGCACGCAGCUGGACAGGAAAAUCCCCGAAACAGUUCCUCAUAGACUGGGUACGGAAAAACCUGCCCAAGAGUCCGCCGCCGGCCUUUCACAAGGUGGCCGCUGGCAGAUACUGGAGGUGCAAGGUGCGCGUUCAGAGGACCGACGACGUCUUGGAAGUUUGUCCGACCAUCCUGACCGAGGACGGCAUGCAAGCUCAGCAUCUGGGAGCCACCCUGGCACUCUACAACCUGGUGAAAGGACAGUCAGUGCACCAGCUCCUCCCGCCAACCUACCGGGACGUUUGGCUCGAGUGGCGGGACGGCGAGCAGCAGCAGCAGGAGGAGACGCGGAGCGCCGUCAACAAGCCGCGAGACCAGUUCAUCGCCCGACUCCUGACCCGUCUCAAGCAGCAGCAGCACCACCACGAGGCCGACUCCCAAUCCGACGGCCCGACGCGGCUUGACGGCGCCGCGGAGGAGGAAACGGAGGACUCCUGGGAGAACCUGGCCGCCCUUGAUAUUGUGGAGAAAGGAGGGAGGGCCGCGGAGGGCAAGAUGGAGGCGAGAGGAAGUGCGAGGGAGCAAGAAGGAGCGCUGCGGAGGUCCAGAGAACUCCUCGAGAAGCUCAGGGCGUCCCCUCUGGCUCAAAAACUCCUGGCAGAACGAGAGCAGCUGCCCGUCUUCCAGCACAGGCAGCGGAUACUGGAGGCCCUGCGGCGGCACCGCGUGGUGGUGGUGGCCGGCGAGACGGGCAGCGGCAAGAGCACGCAGAUCCCGCAGUUCCUCCUGGACGAGCUGCUGCUGGCGGGCCACGCGGGCCGAGCCUGCGACAUCGUCGUCACGCAGCCCCGGCGGAUCUCCGCCGUCAGUCUGGCCUGCAGAGUCAGCCAGGAGCUGGGCUGCCAGGAAGGCCCGGGGUCAAAGUCGUCGCUGUGCGGCUACCAGAUCAGGAUGGAGAACCAGUCUGGCGAAUGGACUCGCCUGUUGUACUGCACCACCGGAGUUCUGCUCCGGAAGCUCCAGCACGACCGGCACCUCAGCACCCUGACACACGUCAUCGUGGACGAGGUGCACGAGCGCAGCGUCCAGUCGGACUUCCUGCUCACCAUCCUGAAGGAGGUGGUCUCCAGGCGGGCAGACCUGCAGCUGAUCCUCAUGAGCGCCACCGCCGACUGCCACAAGUUCUCAAACUACUUCAACCGCUGCCCCGUGCUCAGCAUCCCGGGACGGACCUUCCCGGUGGAGGUGUUCCAUCUGGAGGACAUCGUGGAGGAGACUGGCUACGUCCUGGAGAAGGACUCUGAAUACUGCCAGAAAGUUCUGGAAGACGAAGAAGAAGUGAGCGUCUCCGUCACGCAGAAAGGCGGAAAGACGUUACAGCACCAGGAGGUGAUCGUGAGGGACUCGUCGGCAGGCUGGGAUUUGGGUCCCGACCUGGACCACUUCAGCGGCAGGACUCGGCAGGUGCUGCAGUACAUGAACCCCGACAAGAUCAACAUGGACCUACUGGUGGAGCUCAUCAGCUACAUCGAUAAAGCGCCGCAAUUCACAGAAGUGGAUGGCGCUGUUCUGGUCUUUCUACCCGGCCUGGCUCACAUCCAGCAGCUGUUUGACCUGCUGUCGUCAGACAGGCGCUUCAAAGAUAAAAACAGGUACAGGAUCGUCGCUUUGCACUCCACUCUGUCGUCGAAGGAGCAGGCCGCGGCCUUCACGGUGCCCGCAGCUGGCGUCAGGAAGAUUGUGUUGUCCACCAACAUCGCCGAGACAGGUGUGACCAUUCCGGACGUUGUGUUUGUCGUCGACACGGGAAAAACCAAGGAGAACAAGUACCAUGAAAGCAGCCAGAUGAGCUCCCUGGUGGAGACGUUUGUGUCCAAAGCCAGCGCUCUUCAGAGGCAAGGCAGAGCAGGGCGCGUUCGUCGCGGCUUCUGUUUCAGACUCUACCCAAAGUACAGAUUUGAUGCGUUUAUGGACUACUCCAUUCCUGAGAUACUCCGCGUGCCCCUGGAGGAGCUCUGUCUUCACAUUAUGAAAUGCGAGUACGGCUCCCCGGAAGAGUUCCUGAGCGGCGCCCUGGACGCGCCGCAGCCGCAGUCCGUGAUGAACGCCGUCAACCUGCUGCGGAAGAUCGGCGCGUGCCAGCCCGGCCGCCACCUGCUCACCCCGCUGGGCCAACACCUGGCCAACCUGCCCGUCAACGUCAAAAUCGGCAAGAUGCUCAUCUACGGCGCCAUCCUCGGCUGCCUGGAGCCGAUCGCGACCAUCGCUGCGGCCAUCACGGAGAAGUCUCCCUUUUCCACGCCGAUGAACAGGAAGGAGGAAGCCAAUGUGGCUAAAGCAGGGCUGGCAUUGGCCAACUCUGACCACAUGACCAUCUACAACGCAUAUCUCGGCUGGAAAAAUUCCCAAAAGGAAGGACAGAAAGCGGAAAUGUCCUUUUGCCGGAAACACUUCCUCAACCGCGCGGCACUUGCCACGAUUGAGGACGUGAAGCAGGACCUGAUGAAGAUGAUGGAGCAGGCGGGCUUCUGCUCGUGGCUUGCGCCCCGGCCCCCCGCGGCAUCCGCGCCGCCCGUCUCGCUGCUGGGGGCGGCGCUGACGGCAGGCCUGUACGACAGCGUGGCGCGCCUGCUUUGCGCGGCCUCGGUGGACGCGGCGGAGCGAGCGCCGUGCUCCGCCGAGACGCCCCAGGGCCGGGCGCAGGUGCACCCGUCGUCUGUCAACCGCAACCUACAGACGCACGGCUGGCUGCUCUACCAAGAGAAGGUGAAAUACGCUAAGAUCUACCUGCGAGACACCACUCUCAUAUCUCCCUUCCCCAUGCUGCUCUUUGGAGGAGACAUCGACAUUCUGCACAGGGAACGCCUCAUCACGCUGGACGGAUGGAUCCACUUCCAGGCUCCCGUGCGCAUCGGCGUGAUCUUCAAACACUUGAGGAAGCUGCUCGACUCGCUGCUUGAGAAGAAGCUGGAGAACCCCCGCAUCAAUUUAGAAGGUGAGAGGACCAUCCAAAUUAUCUUAAACCUGAUCAAGUCGGAGCACUCUGCAUAACGUGUGCAAACGACAAAGCGGCGGACACUAUGCUAAAGAAACGGGGAUUUUCACUCAUGCUCAUAAACCUCAGAUAAAAAUGUAAAUCAGGGGAGGAAUUGUCAUUGCCUAACACUGUUGCAAUAAAG